CCCCCCCCCCCAAUUGCAUCUGUUGUCUGUGUCUGGCAUGAUCAUAUUGUUUUUGACAACUGAUCAAACUAAUACAUAGAUGUUUGCUUCACAGAGUCUUACUUUCAAUCACUGUCACUUCUUGACAGACGUGUCACUAAAAUGAAAUAUUUACUCAGUAGCCUAGCUUAAGCAACCAUUUUAAAUUCAAUUAAAUCCAGCCCAUCACCAUUGCUGUCCUUAGAGUGACACGCGGUGUCACCGUGUUGGCCAGUAGAGCAGGGCUAUUCAGUUCCAGACCUGCAGGGCCCAAACCCCUUUGGGUGUCAUCCUUCCCUGCUAAUCAUGGGCUGACUCAGACCUGGCACACAAGUGCCAAAGUGUCGUCACUAUUCAGAAUGCCACAGACCAACAAGUCCAGAAGUGCCUCAGCCAGUGGCUCGAGUACCGGACUGGGCCGAGGGGAGGAAAGAGAAGAAGAAAGAGAGGAAGCUGAGCCAGAGCCAAAGGUCCAAGUCCAGGGAGCAGGGGAUGGAGGAGGAGAGAACACUGGAGACCCAGAGAUCAUCAAGUCCCCUAGUGACCCCAAACAGUACAGGUACAUCGAGCUGACCAAUGGGCUUCGAGUUCUGCUAAUUUCAGACUUCACUGGUCCCGCCUCCUCUGGAGAUGAUGAAUCAGAGGAGGAGGAGGAGGAACUGGGGGAGGAGGAAGAGGAGGAAGAAGACUCAGGAGAGGGAACAGAGGAAGAGUCUGAAGAAGAGGAGGAUGACAAGGACAGUGACUUUGAGGAUGAUGAGGAUGGAGGGAAGAGGAAGAAGGGACACUCAGAAAAACAGUCUGCAGCAGCGCUGUGUGUGGGUAUUGGCAGCUUCAGUGACCCCAAUGACCUCCCAGGCCUCGCCCACUUCCUGGAACACAUGGUGUUCAUGGGCAGUGAGAAGUACCCAUCAGAGAAUGGUUUCGAUGCCUUCCUGAAGAAACAUGGGGGCAGUGACAACGCCUCCACGGACUGUGAGAGAACCGUCUUCCAGUUUGACGUCCAGAGAAAGAAAUUCAGAGAGGCUCUGGACAGAUGGGCCCAGUUUUUCAUCUGUCCUCUGAUGAUCCGAGACGCCAUCGACAGGGAGGUGGAAGCUGUCGACUCCGGUGAGAGGCAUUCUGGGGGAAAAAAUGUUGACCUUAUUCAGACCUUAUGCACUGGUUAUGUAGUGACCUGCUCCCCCUUCUCUCUUUUAUCAGAGUACCAACUGGCCAAGCCGUCUGACUCUCAUAGGAAAGAGAUGUUGUUUGGGAGUCUAGCGAAGCCAGGUCACCCCAUGGGCAAGUUCUGCUGGGGUAACGCCCAGACUCUGAAGACAGAGCCCAGGAAAAAGAAGAUCAACGUUUACAAGAGGCUCCGCUCCUUCUGGAAGAGACAUUACUCUGCUCACUACAUGACCCUGACUGUGCAGUCUAAAGAGAAGCUGGACACUCUAGAGGAGUGGGUGAAGGAGAUCUUCAGUGGAGUGCCCAACAAUGCUCAGCCCAAGCCGGACUUCUCUGAGCUGCUGGAUCCCUUUGAUACUCCAGCCUUCAACAAGCUGUACAGAGUUGUUCCUGUGAGGAAGGUCCAUGCUCUGACAAUCACAUGGUCCCUGCCUCCUCAGGAGAAACACUACAGGGUGAAGCCUCUCCACUACAUCUCUUGGCUAAUUGGUCACGAGGGCACAGGCAGCAUCCUAUCAAUUCUCAGGAGGAAGUGCUGGGCCAUGGCUCUGUUUGGAGGGAACAGUGAAACAGGCUUUGACCAGAACUCUACCUACUCCAUCUUCUCCAUCUCCAUCACACUCACUGACCAAGGAUUCCAGAACUUCUACCAGGUGGCUCACCUGGUCUUCCAGUAUCUCAAGAUGCUGCAGAGCCUGGGCCCCCAACAAAGGAUCUAUGAGGAGAUUCAAAAGAUUGAAGCCAAUGAGUUUCACUACCAGGAACAGACGGACCCUAUAGAGUAUGUGGAGGAUAUCUGUGAGAACAUGCAGCUGUUUCCUAAAGAACACUUCCUCACCGGAGACCAGCUCAUGUUCCAGUAUUCACCUGAGGUGAUCAGUGCGGCCCUGUCCUUGCUGACUCCAGACAGAUCCAACCUGUUGCUGCUCUCUCCAGACCACGAAGGCCACUGUCCCCUCAGGGAGAAAUGGUUUGGGACACAUUACAGCAUAGAGGAUAUCCAACAGGGGUGGAGAGAGCGCUGGAACGGAGACUUUGAGCACAACUCUGACCUGCACCUCCCUGUCGAGAACAAGUUCAUCGCGACUGAUUUCAGCCUGAAGCAGUCUGACUGUCCUGAUACUGAUCUGCCAGUCAGAGUAACUGCCAACGACCGAGGAUGUCUCUGGUACAAGAAGGACAACAACUUCAACAUACCCAAAGCGUAUAUCCGAUUCCAUCUCAUCUCUCCGGUCAUCCAACAGUCAGCCAAGAACCUGGUGUUAUUUGACCUGCUAGUGAACAUACUGGGUCAUAACCUAGCAGAGCCAGCCUACGAGGCUGACGUGGCCCAGCUGGACUACAAGCUGUCAGUAGGAGAACACGGGCUGGUUAUCAAGGUCAAGGGCUUCAACCACAAACUGCCUCUCCUGUUCCAUCUGAUCCUGGACCAUCUAGCUGACUUCUCUGCCUGUCAAGAUGUCUUCAAUAUGUUCUCUGAGCAGCUCAAAAAGACCUACUUCAACAUCCUCAUACGACCUGAGAAACUGGGCAAGGACGUGCGGUUGUUGGUCCUGGAGCAUGGUCGCUGGUCCAUGGUAGAGAAGUACCAGGCGCUGGCAGACGGUGGUCUGACUGUAGAAGAACUGAUGGAGUUCAGCAGAACCUUCAGGACCCAGCGCUAUGCAGAGGGACUGGUGCAGGGGAACUUCACUAGCCAGGAGUCAAUCCAGUUCCUGCAGUACGUCACUGAUAAGCUGCAGUUCUCCAAGUUGCCAGCAGAGGUCCCUGUGUUGUUCAGAGUGGUGGAGCUGCCUUUGAAACAGCACCUCUGUAAGGUCAAAGCACUGAACAAGGGAGACGCCAACUCAGAGGUCACAGUCUACUACCAGUCUGGUCUGAAACACCUCAGAGAACACACACUGAUGGAGCUGCUGGUGAUGCACAUGGAGGAGCCCUGCUUUGACUUCCUCAGGACAAAAGAGACUCUGGGGUAUCAUGUUUAUCCAACCUGCAGAAACACAUCUGGAGUCCUGGGCUUCUCUGUCACGGUGGAAACACAGGCCACCAAGUUCAAUACUGAGCUGGUAGAGUUGAAGAUAGAGGAGUUCCUGUCUUCCUUUGGAGAGAAGUUGAGUGCUCUGACUGAGAGUGCCUUCAACACACAGGUGACUGCGUUGGUCAAGCUAAAGGAGUGUGAGGACACACACCUGGGAGAGGAGGUGGACAGGAACUGGGCCGAGGUCGUUACACAGCAGUAUGUCUUCAACAGGCUUCACAGAGAGAUUGAGGCCCUGAAGCAGAUGACCAGAGCAGAGCUGGUAUCCUGGUAUCUGGAACACCGCGGACACAACUGCAGAAAACUCAGUGUACAUGUGGUGGGUUUUGGGCCGGAGGAGGGCGACCCCCCAGGAGAUGACAAGCAGAGUCGUCAUGGCAACGGAGAGAGGGAUGAGGAAGAGUGUGGCAGUUCGUCCUACGGUGAAGUGUCCAAACUGACCUUCCUCCCCGCCUCGCCCAAGAUGGCCGCCGCUACAUCCAUCAUGGACAUUCCUUCAUUUACCCAGAGCCUUACCCUCUUCCCAUACCACAAGAUCAUCCAAUAGACUACCAACAUCUAUUUUCUCAAUAUUUCUUUCAAACUCUCUCCUUCAUUUCCUGACCAUAACAUCAUCUAAUAAACUCAAUGGUAGUGUA